AUGCCUCGAACGUACGAUGAAGAAUGCGGGUUCAUCGAACGGCUGACCCCUACAAAAUUCAAGAUCAAGCAGGGCUUCGUCCCCAACAUGAAUGUCGAAGGCCGUUUUUACGUCAACGGUGCGCUAGAAAAGCUGAUGUUCGAGGAGCUGAAGCAAUCGCUUGAUCUCCCCGGAAAAGUCGGGUUCCUGCCAGCUGUCCGCCAAAUUGCUAACGUUGCCUCACUCCCCGGAAUCAUUGGCCAUUCGAUUGGACUGCCUGACGUACAUUCUGGAUACGGCUUCAGCAUUGGAAACAUUGCCGCCUUUGAUGUCGCUGACAAGAAUGCUGUCAUUUCUCCAGGCGGCGUCGGUUUCGAUAUCAAUUGUGGAGACGUACAACCUGUGAAAGAGAAGCUGGCACAGUCUCUUUUUGACCAUAUUCCCGUGGGUGUGGGAAGUCGCGGAGUGAUCCCUAUGCGUGCCAACGACCUUAUCGAAUGUUUGGAGAUGGGCAUGGAUUGGACGAUGCGCGAAGGUUAUUCGUGGGCUGAGGAUAAGGAACACUGCGAAGAAUAUGGAAGAAUGUUACAAGCCGAUGCCAGCAAAGUCUCAACCCGCGCCCUGAAACGUGGACUGCCGCAGCUGGGAACACUGGGAGCCGGUAACCACUACGCCGAGGUGCAAGUCGUUGAUGAGGUCUUUGAUAAGCACGCCGCGGCCAAAAUGGGCAUCGACCAGCCGGGCCAAGUUGUCCUGAUGUUGCACUGUGGAAGCCGAGGGCUUGGGCAUCAAGUGGCUACUGACGCGCUCGUCGAAAUGGAGAAGGCGAUGAGUCGUGAUGGUAUUGUGGUCAAUGAUCGGCAGCUGGCUUGUGCACGGAUUAACUCGCCGGAAGGUCAAAACUACCUGAAAGCCAUGUCAGCAGCAUCAAACUUUGCCUGGGUGAAUCGGUCGUGCAUGACGUUCUGUGUACGACAGGCUUUUUCUCGGGUUUUCGACAUGCCGGCCGAUGAUUUGGACAUGGCUGUAAUUUAUGAUGUAUCGCACAACGUAGCAAAGAUGGAGGAGCAUCUGAUCGACGGCCGUCCACGGCAGCUUUGCGUCCACCGAAAGGGCGCCACACGCGCCUUUCCCGCGCACCAUCCUCUGAUCCCGGUGGAUUAUCAAUUGACCGGCCAGCCAGUAUUGAUCGGCGGCAGUAUGGGCACUUGCAGUUAUGUGCUCACCGGCACCGAAAAGGGGAUGGUCGAGACUUUUGGGACGACGUGUCACGGAGCCGGCCGAGCUCUGUCGCGUGCAAAGUCGAGACGUAGCAUCCCAUACGAAGAGGUGCUGGGUGAUCUACAGAAAAAGGGCAUCUCAAUCCGGGUGGCCAGUCCGAAGCUCGUUAUGGAAGAGGCUCCCGAGUCUUACAAAAAUGUCACCGACGUCGUCAACACGUGCCACGAAGCCGGAAUAUCGAAAAAAGCCGUCAAGCUUCGCCCCAUCGCCGUCAUCAAGGGU